UGUAUUCACCCAAAAAUUGAUUUGUGACGUCUAUAAUUAAUUUCCUAAAGAAAAUGGUUUAUCUAUCUAAAUUUAAUUAAAUCAUAUUUAAUAAAGUAAAAAAAAACUGAACUUAUCGAACAAUGGCAGGAUUUUAUGGCAUUGAAUCUCAAAGAGAGGUGAUUCGUGUCCAUGUAAAGAAGAGUGAUGGCCUUCUCCAGCCAGAGUUUAAGAAGUUUUCCAUCGACCCCCAGAUCACCUCGUUUGAGAUGCUCCAGAAUCUCCUAGCUAAGGCAUUUGACAUUCAAAGUGACUUCACCAUCAGCUAUGCAUCCCAGGACGGUGGUCAGGAUGUGUACCUCAGCAUGCUGUCUGAUUGGGACAUGGAUGCCGCGUUUCAGAAUGCCUCUGACCCAUGCCUCAAACUCAAGGUCGACCUUAAACCCUUUGAUGAUGCACUGGAGGAUUGGGACAUUAUAGCGCCAGUAGAGAUCCCUCAGUACCGGAUGACCUUCCUUGACCGCAGCAACUUCUUUGGCAACAUCACAGGCACCAUCUCAAACAAAAUGGGGAAAACUGUCAACCAAGUCCAGAGAGCAAUAGGCAUGAAGACGGAGGAUGAGCAGCAGUACCGGCCUGUGAAGGCUCCAAUGAGCGACAUGGAGUUCCGUAACUACAUGGACUCAGAUGGUCACAUGGUUAAACCUGGGGAGUUCCGACUGAGUAUCUACCAGGGUGGGGUGGAAAACUCCCUUCGACGUGUUGUGUGGCGCCAUCUACUGAACAUCUACCCAGAGUCAAUGUCAGGGAGGGAGAGGUUUGCCUACAUGAAGAAGAAAGAGAAUGAGUACUUUGAGUUGCGAGAUAAAUGGAGGCAGCUUUUCAAUGAGCGAAAGGUGUCGGAAGAUAUUAUACAUGUAGCCACUCUUGUGAAGAAAGAUGUGCUAAGAACUGAUAGAGGUCACAAGUAUUAUUCUGGGGGUGAUGAUAGUAAAAAUCUGAUAGCGUUGUACAAUCUCCUAGUCACAUAUGCCUUGACCCACCCAGAGGUGUCAUACUGCCAGGGUAUGAGUGACAUUGCGUCGCCCAUCCUUGUAGUGCAGAAGGAGGAGGCACAAGCCUAUCUCUGUUUCUGUGGCUUAAUGAAGAGACUGCGCUCAAACUUCUUGUAUGAUGGUGAAGCAAUCACCACAAAGCUUCAACACUUGUCCCUGCUAGUGCAAUUCUAUGACCCAGUGUUUCAUUCCUAUAUGAAGGAGCAUGGCGCAGAUGACCUGUUCUUCUGCUACAGGUGGCUGCUUCUUGAACUCAAACGUGAGUUCCCCUUUGAGGAUGCCCUUUACAUGCUGGAGGUGAUGUGGAGCACGCUGCCUCCCAAUCCCCCGGAGGAAGAACUCACCCUUACAGACUCUGACUAUUGUCCCUCUCUUCUUGUGACCGUAUCUCCCAAUUCACCAUCAUUCGCAGUGAAAACACAGUAUUCUCACCUGCUUGCCAAGAGAAGGCUGUCCACUAUUGUGAAAGACAACUCUGGGUUGACUGCCCAUUCACCAAAGACUGGAAUGGCCUCCCCUAAGACUGCAACAUUGAUACUAGAAAAUGGGCUUGAUGAUAAACUUCAAACAGUGAAAGAAGAAAGGAGUGAAUCUAAAAUGUCAUCAAACACUGACAAUUUAGACUUUGAACCAAGCAUGAGGAAAACUGGAAGUAUGGACGGUAAAAUUGUUACGAAAAAUCAUCCCACUGAUGAUGAAAACAUUCCAGGUAUAUUGAAACAAAAAGAAGACAUCUUAUCAAAACCUGAUGAUGCAUUGAACAAUGCGAACAGUGAAAUAAGAGAUGACACUUCUGAAAGUAUAACUUACAAUGAACAAAAUGUCAUGGACUGUGUCAAACAUAAUGAUUUAAAAAAAGAAAGGAAGGAUGAAAUGUGUAAAUCCGAUGACAAAUCCCGCGACUCUAGUGAAGGAAGCAGUCCAAGUGAGAAAUGGAGCAGCUAUUACAGUCCCCCCAUGUCCCUUCCAUCCGACAAUGGCCAGCUGAUCAGUAGCUCCGUGAGCUCUGCCUCAUAUCUCUCCUCCCAAUCUGAAGAUAGGUUUCCUAGUCUAAUAUCGGCCAGUGUUGAUAGUCGCAUUGUUGACAGUGAAACUGAGGUGAUAUGUUCAACUGAGGGGAUGAUUCUUUCAGCAAAUGAGAGCCAUUAUGUUUCCAGUGAGAUUCCAAUGGGUCUAAGCAGUAGUCCAGCAGUAAAUAACAAUAAUACCAUUUGUGAGGACGAAAACGACGACCAUGCACAAUUUCAUUUAUCCCUAGAGAAGAAUGAGUCAGACAUUUUGAAAAAGGCCAGCAAUACCAAUGUGCCUCAAAUAAAAGGUUCAUUUUUCAGCGGCAUGAAAAGAAUUCUGAUGUCACCAAAGCAUAGGCCAGGAAGGGCACAGCCUGUGAAUGUGGCACAAAAUGUUGAUGCAAAGAAUAAUUCUAACAUUAAGAACAAUGUGAAUGGGCCUUUGCACAGAAGUAUGGUUGACUACAGAAACACAGAUGACAAUGAUACAGAGCAUACAUUGUUUGAGGUUAACCGGCUGAUGAGAAGUCACAGUUUGGAUUCUGACAGUGGCAAUGGUUCAUUGGUAUCCUCUUUAAACUCGGCUUCUCUACACCCAAACAGCACAGGCACAUCUGGUCAUAAUAGUAAAAAGAAGAAAACAAGUCAGCCGAAGGACAUCUUAUCAACAGAGCAUCAAAAUUACUUUGACAAAAAGUAUGCAGAAAUUAUGUCAGAAAUUCCACAGCCAAGUGAACCAUCUGGAAAUGGUGGAAAGGCCCCAUCAUUCUGUGAAAACCAUUUUAGUAUGAACAACACCGUCACAACCAGGACCGAUGAAACCAAAGAGAAGGACGACAUCAGUGACUGUCAGGAGGCUGUUGACAAUUGUGAGGAGGCUGUUGAUCAAGAGGAAAUUGCUCUGUUUCAGUUCAAGCAGCUGCCUGCACCUGACCAGUUUGGCUAUGGGAAUCCAUUCCUCAUGUUUGCCUGUCUCACCCUGCUUCUACAACACAGGGACGUGAUAGUGAACACUGGCAUGGAAUACGAUGAACUGGCCAUGUACUUCGACAAACGUGUACGCAAACACCAUGUGAACAAGGUCUUGCAACAGGCCCGCCAACUCUACACUGAAUACAUAUGCAUGCAACAGAAACUACAGCAAGAUAAAGAUGCUUUACCAGAAUUUAGUGUCUAAUAACUUGUAAUGUGAUGACUCGUACAGGUAGUACUCAUGUACAGACUUGAACAUGUAGUACUUGUAUACCGACUCUUACAUGUAGUGCCUGUAUACUGACUCAUACAUGUAGUGCCUGUAUACUGACUCAUACAUGUAGUGCCUGUAUACUGACUCAUACAUGUAGUGCCUGUAUACUGACUCAUACAUGUAGUGCCUGUAUACUGACUCAUACAUGUAGUGCCUGUAUACUGACUCAUACAUGUAGUGCCUGUAUACUGACUCAUACAUGUAGUGCCUGUAUACUGACUCAUACAUGUAGUGCUUGUAUACUGACUCAUACAUGUAGUGCCUGUAUACUGACUCAUACAUGUAGUGCUUGUAUACUGACUCAUACAUGUAGUGCCUGUAUACUGACUCAUACAUGUAGUGCCUGUAUACUGACUCAUACAUGUAGUGCCUGUAUACUGACUCAUACAUGUAGUGCCUGUAUACUGACUCAUACAUGUAGUGCCUGUAUACUGACUCAUACAUGUAGUGCCUGUAUACUGACUCAUACAUGUAGUGCCUGUAUACUGACUCAUACAUGUAGUGCCUGUAUACUGACUCAUACAUGUAGUACCUGUAUACUGACUCAUACAUGUAGUGCCUGUAUACUGACUCAUACAUGUAGUACUUGUACCUGUAUGCUGACUCGUAAAUGUAGUACGUAAACCUGUAUGCUGACUCAUACAUGGAGUACCUGUACCUGUAUGCUGACUUGUACAUGGAGUACCUGUACCUGUAUGCUGACUUGUACAUGGAGUACCUGUAUGCUGACCCAUACAUGGAGUACCUGUACCUGUAUGCUGACUUGUACAUGGAGUACCUGUACCUGUAUGCUGACUUGUACAUGGAGUACCUGUACCUGUAUGCUGACUUGUACAUGGAGUACCUGUACCUGUAUGCUGACUCAUAAACGAAGUACCUGUACCUGUAUACUGACUCAUACAUGAAGUACUUGUACCUGUAUGCUGACUUGUACAUGUAGUACCUGUACCUGUAUACUGACUCGUACAUUAAGUACCUGUAUGCUGACUCGUACAUGUAGUACCUGUACCUGUAUACUGACUCGUACAUUAAGUACCUGUAUGCUGACUCGUACAUGUAGUACCUGUACUUGUUAUACUCGUACAUGUAGUACCUGUACUUGUUAUACUCGUACAUGUAGUACCUGUACUUGUUAUACUCGUACAUGUAGUACCUGUACUUGUUAUACUCGUACAUGUAGUACCUGUACUUGUUUAUUGACUCAUACAUGAAGUACCUGUACCUGUACACUGACUUGUUCAUGUAGUGCUGGUACUCAUUCACAUAGAACCUGUAUACUGGUGGUUGGUUAAAGCAGUACCUGUAUACUGACUUGUACCAGUGAUUCACAGACUGGUGACUUAUAACAAUUUUAAAUUGAGUUGUAUAUGAUCUUAAAAAUGUUUUGGAAUUAUUUUUUUAAGUAUUAAAGCACAAUGAUUUAUAAAAAAAGAUAUUUAAAACUUAAGAAAAGACAUGUAAGGUAGUGAUAAUUCCUCAUCCAACUUAGAAAGAACUAUAUGUUCCAAACUUUUGAAUUCAUAGUGUAUUGUUUUACAUUGAAUGACAUACUCAUACUGAUAUUAUACGUGAAGACAAUGAAUAGAUCUGCCAUAUUAAGUAUUUUUAUAUCAUGUACACCUAAUUUCUGUGACUGCAUUGUGUAGGUUAAUCAGCAGUAUAGUCGAUCAGACCCAUUAUAGCUUGUUAAAUUUAUAUGAAAAUGUAACAAUUCAUAAUGUUUACUCUGUUGACAAUAAGACGAAAUUUACUGAUCAAUCUAUACUUUCUUUUUUAAAUAGGAUAUGGAAUUUAUUUCAGCAUUAGAAAAUUGUAUUUGGCAUCCAGAACUCUGAGGUGUAUGAUUAAUUUAAUUUAAGAGACUCUUAAAAUUGUAUUGUAAUGAAUGGUUGUCAUUGUAUUUUGCUAGUGUGUGCCCUUGUGAGGACAUGAUUCAAUGAUAUUGUUAUGCUGUUAAUAUUGUGAUCAGAGGCUUAACCAAGUAGAAGCUAGGCGAAAUAUAUUGUGAAUAUUGUUUCAUUGGAAAAUAAGUGUUUAUGAUUUCAUGUAGAAGAAAUAUAUGGGAAUUCUGGUAGUAUAUAUAGUAAUUGUGGUUUAAUAUAAUGCUGUGAAGUGAUCAUCAUUAUGCAAACUAUCUUAUGUUCAAAGUUUCUGCUGGUGCUUUUGUGAUGUUCAUCUGUUAGAAUAGCUUCAGUCAAGCGCUUAUGUUGAAAAGCAGUCUGUAUCUCAUAACAUAACAUUUUUAUGUUCAUGUAGUCUAGUUGCACAUCUGGGUGUUCUGCAUUUGGAGCUCUUCGGCCAUUUUUAUCGAAAACAACCUCGGAUGUAUACCGGUACAUCAGUUGAAGUAGUUCGUAAAUUCUUGAAAUAUAUCAUUAAUUAAAUGUAGUGUUUCAGAGUUGUAUUUAUUGAUCUAAGUUUAAAUUGGUUGCCAGUGAAGUGUAUUAAUGCAAACAUAAUUAAGAUUCCCAAGAGUUCAGUCAUAAAGUUUAACUGCUAAAGAAUAUUACAAUGCGAUCUACUUGCAGUGGACUUAAACGCACCGCUUUUUGGGUAUGUAAACCGUCAAAAUACAUCCUGUUUUCGAUAAAAAUGGCGGAGGAGUUCCGAAUGGGUGUUCUGAUGUAAAGUGUUAAAAGCAGUGCUCAUAUGGUUUAUGUGACAUUAACAAUCAACAACACAUAUUUCUGAACAUUUUUAUUGAAAAUUCAUUUAAACAUUUAUAAUUCCUUUUAAAAUUUAUGAAAUAAUAAGGUAAUUUCAUGCAUAGUAUAAAAUAAAAUUAUUGUUCUAUUGGAAGUCAAAAUCCAGGUUUUUUUUAAAUUAAAGUUAAUAAGAAUUGUAAUUCAGUAUAAUAAAAAGGUAGGUAUACAAUGUAAUACAUGAAGGUCAAUAAUUAUUAUCAUAAUUUGCUGAUAUGCAAAUAAAUCUAAACUAGUACUAUUUGGGUAUAGUUAAAUGUGAAAGUACCUCAUCAUUUAGUUAUGUGAUAAACCUUAUUUGUAUGAUUGUUAAUAAUGGAUCUCUCUUUUAUGUGAUAUUUGUAAACAAUCUUGACAUGUUUCAUUUCCUUGUAAAUUGACUAGUCCUUCCUGUUGAUUACUUGUUUAUUGUUUUUGCUUUAUCCAUGAUAUUAUUUGGUAAAUUGAAAUGUGAAUUGUAGAUUCUUACUAAGUAUUUAGUUUGACCACAAUGCAGUAUAUCCUAUAAUACCAUUCCAGAUUAUUUGUUAUUAUUUGGUCACUUGUUUAUUUCCUGUAAAGUUAUCAAAGGGAAGUAAAUCAACAUCAAACGUUUCAACAUUUCCUUUCACAGGUUCAUGGUACAUUUUUCUCAUCAUAGUAAAAUUGUCCAUUUCAUAAAAUGUAAAAAAUUGUAUGAAAGUGAACAAAUAUUUGGCACGAUUUCUGGUUUUUUAACUGUAUCUACUAGAUACGUUAUUAGUUUCACUCUAGUAUCAUCUAAAUGAUAACAGCAAAGUUAUAUAAGACACCGGCACAUGCCCAUUUUUGUGUUGGUGCAUACUGAUAAGCUGAACGUUUUUUAGUGAUGUACACUAUAUUUUGUAAACUACCUUACUGCUCCAGCAACUGUGUAUAUCUACCACUUCACCUGAUUACAAUCAAUAACGCCUGACUGCUGAUUUCCUGAAGUCAUUUAUUGGAAAACUUUGGAAAUACUGUGUUCUCAUUGGACAAAAUAUAAUGUUGACCUCUAACAAAUGUCAAUCGUUAUAGUUGUAUAUCUUAAUAUUUAUAUUGGUAAAAAAGCAGUCAGCUGUUACUGAUUUUAAUCAGGUGAAUCGGUAGAUUUUAAACAGAGGCUGGCCCAGUAGCUAAAAUAUAAUCUCAACCACUAAGCUCGUUAAAGGGUAUUAGUAUGCAUUUUUCAACACAUAUUUUGUUACUUUACUGAUAAUCUUUAACCAUGAAGCAUGCAUGAAGUUAAAUUGUUGCAGUAGAACUUCUAAGAUAUCAUUGUUUUAUGAUAUAUAAAUUCAUCAUGGGUAGGUAAUUGUUAGAAAGCAGAUGUGCAGAAAAAAACUUUCAUUGUUGAUUGAUAUAACUCACUACAAUUUGAUAAAAUGAUAUAGACCCUGACUUACAAAAUAAUUAAUGUAGAAAAAUAGUAAUGUGAUUCAAUUAGGGCAAGAUUCAUUUGUGUGCUUCGAAGCUAAAAUUCUAUUGACAUGUUUGGAUCAUUGCUUUGGUCUUCUUAAAUGUGCAAUAAAGUGUAGUUUUAACUGGU